AUUUAUAAUAAUGGAAGAACUUAAUUCUAUUGAAGCUAGAAAAUUAAACCCAGUUGAGAGAAUGUCAAAGCUCCAGAGAGCUAUCUUAAAAGCUGACGGAAGGGUCAAAGUCCACGCAACAAGGAGGGCUAAUGGUAGCUUACUUCUAGCAGCAAUCACCCUUGGUCCAAUAACUUCCUAUAUGUUGUAUCAGUUCUUUCAUCCAAGAGGGUUCCACCAAUCGUUCCAUGGUGACUAUGGAGCUCCUUACGGUAUUCUCAUGCGUUCAAUGGAGAGAGGAGUUACCUUAAUGAAGCUGUACAACAGAGAGGAGUAUGACAGACAGCUUUUAGCUAAGUUUAACACAGUAAGCUACCACCCAGAAGGAGUCACUUUGCACCCUAUCAGCAAGGCUUUCACUGAGGCGAAGGAGGCUGGACAAGAAGAAGUUAAAAACUAUAUUCCGUACAACUGGAUCUAAAAUUGAGAGGUUCU